UGUCAGAUGGAGCAAUGGAAUCAGAGCUCUGUGGUUGAGUUCAUCCUCCUGGGCCUUGCAGAGGGCAUACUUGCAGAAACUGCUCUUUUCGUUCUCUUCUUGGCCAUAUAUCUGGUGACCCUGGUCGGGAACUCCAUGAUGGUCAUGCUGAUUGGGACUGAGCCUCGGCUACACACUCCCAUGUACUUCUUCCUUCUCCAUUUAUCUCUGCUGGAUCUGUGCUAUUCUUCAGUCACCGUCCCACAGAUGUUGGCCCACCUCCUCUCCAGGCAUAAGGCCAUGCCCUUUGCCCGAUGCGCCUUUCAGAUGUACAUCUUCCUGGUUUUUGGCAUGGCAGAAUGUGUGCUGUUGGGCGUCAUGGCCUACGACCGCUAUGUGGCAAUCUGCCACCCUUUGCACUAUACCUCCAUAAUGAGUUGGCGCUUCUGCAGCUGGACAGCAGGGGCAGCCUGGGCUAGUGGCAUCAUCAACUCUCUGAUUGUCAAUGCCUUUGCUCUACGUCUACCCUACCGCGGCCAAAACCUCAUCAACCAGUUCUUCUGUGAGGUGCCUGCGGUCAUCAAGUUGGCAUCUGCCGACUACACAGAGGCAGAGGUGGUUGUAUUUGUCUUUGGCUCCUUUCUGCUACUUCUACCCUUUAUCCUCAUUGCUGCCUCCUAUGCCCGCAUUGUGGUGGCCAUCCUGCGCAUACGUUCUGCUGAGGGCCGGCGCCGGGCUGCCUCAACCUGCGCCUCACAUCUCAUAGUGGUGAGCCUUUUCUAUGGCACAGCACUGUUUGCUUAUAUGAGGCCCAGCUCUGUCAGUUCUGCCACAGGCCAGGAUAAGGCAGUGUCUGUUUUCUACACUGUGGUAACCCCCAUGAUGAACCCUCUCAUCUAUAGUCUUCGAAAUAAGGAGGUGAAGUGUGCUUUAAAAAAAUUAUUGAGUAGGAAAAUAUUCUCACCUGUAACAUAA